AGCGAUUGGUCCGAUUCCCCCCCGCCCCCAAACACACACGCGUCACUUCCGUCUGUCAGCCCUGAAACUGUCGGUUGUUGAUGGAGGUUCGGUAAACGGCGCGAGGCGGCCGCGAGCGUGUUCUGGAACCUCCCCGGAGCAUUCCGAGGACAACCGCCGAUCGGAGGCUGUGACAAUUCCGCUCCAAGAAAACUGGCAUUGGUUUUCAGAUGAAAGGGAGAUGGAACUUUAAGUGGCCAAGGACAGCAAAUUGUGGAGUGAGGUGGCCAACUGUGCAUAGUCUUGCACAAACGUACCAUCUUAACCAAAGAUCAAAAAAUCAAGGUCAUUCUCUCUAUAUCUCUAACUGAGGUCGUUCCUUAUACUGGAUUUUCUCAUGUCAGAGAUGGUGACAAAGUUGAUAACUUCAUUGGUAACAACGUGCCCAAGGUACCAUUACAAUUGAAUCAUAGAAUCGCUACAGUGUGGAAGCAGGCCAUUUAGCCCAUCGAGCCCACACUGAUCCUCCAAAGAGCAUCUGACCCAGACUAACCCCUUAACCUAACCAGACUAAUGAGUAUUGCUAAACAGUGUCCAUUGGAAUGGUAGACACACAGAUCCAGUCUAAUGCAAUAACAACACUAGAAAAUGACUCUGGAACCCCAUUGGUUGAAGAAUUGGUACAGGAAAUGGAGAAUGUAGAGGACAGCAGUUCAGAAUCAUUCACCAUUGAUGAGAAACAGACUGCAGAAAAUGGUCCUGGAUCAAAUGAGACUGUGCCAGAUACUCUUACACCAGCCUCUAGUCCAUCAUCAACCAUCUUUCCUGUUACACCAUUAAACCAAGAUGAAGCUUCCACCUCUGGAUUCAGCAUAGAGUGCCGAGUGUGUGGGGACAAAGCCUCGGGCUUUCAUUAUGGUGUACAUGCCUGUGAGGGCUGUAAGGGCUUUUUUAGGAGGACUAUACGAUUGAAACUGGACUAUGAUCAGUGUGAACGCAACUGUAAGAUUCAAAAGAAGAAUCGCAACAAGUGCCAGUGCUGUCGUUUUCAGAAGUGCCUUGCUGUGGGAAUGUCACACAAUGCUAUCCGUUUUGGUAGAAUGCCUCAAUCUGAAAAGGAAAAAUUAAAAGCAGAGAUUCUAACUCUAGAGCAAGACGUACAGAAUUCACAGAUGGCGGACCUAAAAUGUCUUGCAAAACACAUGUAUGAGUCUUACCUGAAGAAUUUUAACAUGAACAAGUCCAAAGCUAGAGCCAUUUUGACAGGAAAAGCUAAUAUCCCGCCAUUUGUCAUUCAUGACAUGGAGACAUUACGCCUAGCAGAAGAGAACCUAGUAUCAAAACAAGCAGUAAACGGCAUCCAGAACAAAGAAGCUGAAGUUAGAAUCUUUCAACGCUGCCAAUGUACGUCUGUGGAAACAGUAAGAGAACUGACAGAAUUUGCCAAAUGUAUCCCUGAAUUUGUAAACCUUGACCUCAAUGAUCAAGUGACCCUGUUAAAAUAUGGAGUUUAUGAAGCCAUAUUUGCCAUGUUGGCAUCCAUUAUGAACAAAGAUGGACUGCUGGUAGCUUAUGGGAAUGGCUUUAUGACCCGAGAGUUCUUAAAAAGCCUGCGGAAACCUUUUAAUGAGAUAAUGGAACCCAAGUUUGAGUUUGCCAUGAAGUUCAAUGCACUAGAGUUGGACGAUAGUGAUUUGGCUCUCUUUGUGGCCGCCAUCAUUCUUUCUGGAGAUCGACCAGGUUUGGUCAAUAUAUCACAGAUUGAACAGAUGCAAGAAAGUAUUGUUCAAGCCCUUCGCCUCCAUCUACAUAGCAAUCAUCCUGAUGCUACCUACCUAUUUCCCAAACUUCUCCAAAAGAUGGCUGACCUCCGCCAGUUGGUUACAGAGCAUGCUCAACUUGUUCAGAAGAUUAAAAAGACUGAAGCAGACACUUUUUUGCAUCCACUUCUACAAGAAAUUUACAGGGACAUGUACUAACAUAAUGACGUACUUUAUCUACAUUGUAGAGGUCCAGUAAGAAUAAUUAAGAGUGCAAAGAUUACUUUUUAUUCAAUAGUUACACAAUGCUCUCAGGUUUGCUUUAUCUGAUAUGCUGAAUGUUGUAUAUCAUGCCACAACAUAGUGCAUCUUACUUGCUCAAAUUUCAAGCACAUUUGAAAUAACUUGGGUUUAUUAAGCCAAAUGUGCUUUGUAACUAAGUUCAGUUAUUCCAUUUCCUCAUUUGGCAAUUUCAUGGCUUCAAGUAACCAAACUAUUCAAUUACUUUCUAACAUAAGAUGAGAAUCUAAUAGUUUAUUGCAAAAUUAAACUAUGAAAGGAUACAUUUCUUAUGAGUAAAUUAAUCCAUGACUAUUAAUCAUUAGUCCAAAGUGAGACAUUCUGUUGGUAUUUUAUAAAUCCUCUUGCUGUCAGCAAUUUGAUCAUUGUAUGCAAUAAAUGCAAUACAAUAAUUCAAACAAUGCAGCUCAUUAUGUUCGUAGCCAUAACUUCAUCAACAUAAAUUUUAAGCAUGCACAGUUUUAAAUAAUUAAUAUAAUCUAUGUAUCAUUGUAUACUUUCACAGUAAAAGGGAAAAAACCACUACUCUAAAAUGGGUGAAAUUAAACAAAGUCCAGACUAACUAGCAACCAAUUAAAGAAAAACAAAUAGCCUGACUAGCUGAUCCACAACAGCCAACUACAGGUAUGGUUAAAUGAAGUUAUAACGAUGACACUUCAGCAUUUCUUCAGCCGACUAUCUCCAAAAAAGAAUCAUUUUAUUUUUCCACUAUUUUGAAAAUACAUAUCUAAUUCAUGGCAUAAAAUCAUCAUAAUUACAAUAUGUAAAUAACCAGCAGGAAAUAUCAAUGUCAGAAUGCUUUUACCUUGAGUGAGAUGCUGAUUUGAAAUAUAAUUUCCAAGAGUGGGGAGGGACCCAUUCCGUCAGGUCGCUACUAUUUCAAAUAGAAUAAAAGGAAUGGAGGAAUUUAAAUCUUAAUUGAAAUUACAAACAGAAAUAUGUACUAUGAAGUCCAAAAAAUAUUUAUAAUAUAUCCUUCUUCUUUAUUGAUUAUCAAUAUUCUCUAGAAGAUACAGCACACUAAUCUCUCCUUUUGAGAAUGUAACCCAAAAUAUCUUUUCAAAAGAUGUCUUUCCUGGCAAUCUUCUGUUUACUGCACUUACAAAUUACAAACUUGGCAAACCCUGUGGGAUUUUUUUUUUAAAAUACUGAUUGCAGACUUUUCAUCAAUGGCAAAAAGCAAUUUGAAGAAAAUCUAUGAUUAAAUGUAAUUUUUUAAAAAUUAGGACAAAGAAAACAUGAAUAAAAUUUGAAAGUUAUUAUGUUCCUCUUAGAUAUUUAAAUACUCUGAUAUGAAGCUACUCUUUCAAUGUUUUUGAAGCAAAUGUUAACUCUUUGCAUUCAAGGAGGGGCAAUAGGAAUUCCCUUUUAAGAUGAUUAACCAUUGAAAACAUAGAAUGAUUACAACUCAGGAGGAUACCACUUGCCUUGCCUAGUUAUUAUUAAUUUGCUGUAUGAGGAAUUCUGCUAAUCCCACUCUCCUGCCCCUGACCCCAUCGACCUACAAAUUAUUUUCUCUUAAAGUGGUUAUUCAUUUCCAUUUUUUAAAGCAACAGUUGAAUUUACAACCUUCUCGAACAGAAUAGUCUAGAUUCUAAUUAUUUGGUGCAUUAAAUGUAAGGUAAUCUUAUGUUUCAUUUGAUUAUUUUCUUCAAAUCUUUUCUGUACCUGUUCUAAACCUUUCAUACUUUUGCAAAGUAAAAAAAUCCAGUUGAUACUGAACCAGUAUUUUCUAAAGGUUCAUCAUAACUUUGUUACUUCUCACGUUAUAUCAUUUUACUUACCAAGGCCCCUAAUAAAUUAGUGUCUUUUAAAGCACUGGCUUGAUCUACUUCCCUUUUAAAUUGUUCGCUUUAGUUUGUUGCCUUUCCUUAAUCUUCCUAUCCAAUGUAUAGUACCACUUCUUUUUGCAUUAAAUUUCAUCUGCCACAUGUUCACAAAUUCUAAACUGUACUCCUAAAGUCUUUAAGAUCCUCCUUGUUCUUCACAAUACUUCCAAUUUGAUGUUAUCUGAAAAUUUUGAAAAUAUGUUCUGUACACCAACAAAACAUGAUUAAUAUAUAUCAAGAAAAGUAGGAGUCCUAAUAUACCAUAAGACAUAGGAGCAGAAAUUGCACCAUUUAGUCCAUUGGUUCUGCUCCACCAUUCAGUCAUGGCUGAUAAGUUUCUCGACUCCAUUCUCCUGCU